UAUCUAGUCUUUAACUUAAAUAUUUGAAUUUUGAAUAUUCAUACUUUAAAAAGAGCGGACGAUAUAGUUAAAAGUGAAGUUUAUCGGAAAAAAAAAAUCCUAAUUGCGUAUAUUUAUACGCAAUGUCUCGCGGUUAUAACAACUGGUCCAGGCCCAGAGGAUCAAGAGGAAGACAAUGGGGUGGUCAAAGGCAAAGAAUGAUCCCUCCCGGUUUACGAGGGGCAGAAAUUGGAAUGUAUUAUAGAGGACUUCAAGUAAAGAAACAAAAAAAGGAAAUAGUGAUAAACCUAAAAAUACCGAGUUUGGUUUUAAAAACUGUGGACACAAAUCUUAAGUCAAUAGCAAGAAUUGCUGCUCGCCAGAAUAUUUUUUUACCUCCAAUUAGGAAAUCAGACAGUUUCAAAAAUAAUACAAAAAUCAAAGAAAUUAAAACUGCGUUAUCCGAUGAAUCAUCAGCAGAUGAAUAUAUUGAAGACAAAGAACAAAAGGCUGGUCCUUCUACAAUUAGUGAUUUUAUUCCAGUCAAGCAGGAAGUAGAAAAUGAUUACGGUUCUAAUCCAAAACUUAAUGCUUUAAGAACACUAAGUGAUUAUAAAUAUGGUUAUGAUGAUAUUAUAACUGGAUCGUUUGAUGAAAAACUGGAUGAAUGUCUCGCAAAAGGAAUUAGUAUUAAUUUAGUAAAUUCUGACACUGUCAGUAUUAAUACGGCUUUAUUUAUUGAAUACGAAGACAUGAUAGAAAAAAGCAGUUAUAAAAGUAUGUUGACAUUCCGAGAGAAAUUACCAACUUAUAUCAAAGCAAAGGAAGUAUUGAAUGUAAUUCGAAACAACCAAGUAAUUGUUAUCAGUGGGGAGACAGGUUGCGGGAAGUCAACUCAAGUACCUCAACUAAUAUUAGAUGAAGCAAUAUGUGCCAAACGAGGUGCCAAUGUGAAAAUUUUAGUUACACAGCCGAGGCGUAUAGCCGCGUCGUCCUUAGCUAUCAGAGUUGCCAAAGAAAGAGGCGAGAGCCUCGGUAAUUCAGUAGGUUAUGCAGUAAGAUUGGAGAAGGCCGAGGAAAGAGCUCGUGGAAGUAUUCAGUAUUGUACUACAGGUAUACUUUUAGCUGAUUUAGAAGUAAACCAGGGCUUAUCUGAGUAUAGUCACAUUAUAUUAGAUGAAGUGCACGAAAGAGAUGUACAUGUAGACUUGUCUAUGUGUAUGCUAAAGCAAGUUCUACAAAAGCGUAAAGAUUUAAAACUUAUUCUUAUGAGCGCGACGCUCGACGCCGAAAGUUUGUCGGGCUAUUUUGACAAUUGCCCUCUAAUGCAUAUAGAAGGGCUAGCAUACCCAGUUCAAGAUAUUUAUUUAGAAGAUAUAUUGGAAUUCACCAGGUUUAAGUUACCACCAGAAAAAGUCAAGCAACAACAACCGAAAUGGAUGAAACACAGGAGAAAUAGAAAGGCUGAUGAAAUGGAAAAAGAUAUAAAAUACAAAGCCGAAAUCGGUCAAUGGCUAGAGGUAAAAAAGAAAGAUUUGAGCUAUGAUGUCUAUAGAACGCUCCAAGAUUCUAGAAUUGAGGAUUUAAAUUUAGAAUUGAUCGUGGAGCUCUUGAUUUACAUAUGCAAAGGAAAAGAAGGAGCGAUAUUAGUGUUUUUACCAGGGAUUGGUGAUAUCACUAAACUUAUGAGAUUAAUGGACGAAAGUAAAUGUUUUCCCCGUUCCUGCAAUGAAAUAUAUCCUCUACAUUCAAAGUUACCCACGUUAGAACAGCACAAAAUAUUUGAGAAGCCGAAAGGAAAUAUUAGGAAAAUUAUAAUAGCGACAAACAUUGCCGAGACAUCAAUAACAAUUGAUGAUAUUGUGUAUGUAGUGGAUUGUGGCAAGAUUAAACUGAGUGGUCUGAACGUUGAACAGAACGUAUCGACUCUCAAAACUGAAUGGAUUUCUCAAGCUAAUCUGCGACAGAGGCGAGGUCGCGCUGGCAGAUGUCAGCCAGGUAUAUGUUACCAUUUAAUAACAUCGUUCCGAGCACAAAAAAUUGCAGAACGACUCCUACCAGAAUUACAGAGGAGCAACCUACUGGAACCAGUACUGAUGAUUAAGAAGCUUCGGUUAGGAUUAGCAGCGGAAGCCCUGAAAUUAGUGCCGUCACCCCCAGCCGAAACAACGAUCCAGUGGGCAGUGAAACAUUUGCAAAAAUGCGGCGCUUUAGAUGACAGUGAAACGUUGACGGCUCUCGGCUGGCAUUUGGCGCGCUUGCCCGUACACCCGGCUGCGGGUAAACUAUUGCUCUUUGGAGCGCUCUUCGGUUGCCUCGAUCGUGCUGCCAGUGUCGCUGCAGUGUGGGGAUUUAAAGACCCGUUUCUGCUUGUUAUUGGGAAAGAAAGAGAAGUGGACGCUGUUAAACGAAAUAUGGCACUCGGGGAACCCAGUGACCAUAUCGCAAUUUCUGAAGCGCUUCUCGAAUGGGAAAGCCGCUCUCACUCAUCGAGGCGGUCGUUUGCAUAUGAUAAUUAUCUUUCCAACAAUACCUUGGAAUUGCUAUCCGAAAUGAAGAAACAGCUGGGUAACAAUCUUCGUCAGAUGGGAUUCCUGGCAUCGGGCAAUAUAAGAUCGUCAUGGGAAAAUCGAAACGCACAUAACUUAAGUUUGUUUAAAGCUAUAAUUGCUGCGUCUUUGUACCCAAAUAUAGCUUAUGUUAAAUGGUCGAACAUUAAUAAUUUCCGCAAGCCGGCUAGAUUCGUAGCACGCAGUCCCGAAGACGGGAAGUUAUCAAUACAUCCAAGUAGCGUGAUGGCCGGAGUUAAAGGGAGUGUACCAACCCAGAUAUGUGACAACCCUGGCGCUAACUGGCUUGUCUAUUGGUUGAAGCAGAGGACAAGUGAUCUCUUCCUUUUGGAUGUCACUUUAAUAUACACUUUACCUUUGCUAUUUUUCGGCGAGUUUGUUGUUGAAGAUGACACCGCUGAUCCCGAAAGCUGUCUAAUAUCAAUAUCUACUACCAAAGUCCGUUGCCAGAGAGAGAGUGCUAAUAAGCUUUUCGAAUUACGAAGCUUAUUAGACAAGGUCUUAGCGUCGAAGAUUACUGAUUCAAAUACUCACUCGCUCUUUAAUAAUGAAUUUGAAGAGCAAGUGCUCAAUACUGUUAUUCAACUAAUUACAGCUGAGGAUGAACAAACAGAGUAUUUAGGUGAUGAUUUACCAGAUUCAGAUAAUUCUGAAGGUUAAACAGAAAAAAAAUGGUAGAAUGUAUGAUAUAUCAAUAAAAAGAUAAGGUUAA